UCUCGAGAUUCUCCAUACACCUUCAGUAAAGAGCUUUGAUACCUCCAGAUAAAUAUGAAUCACCUUCCGCAAGCAUGGGGCCGUCCCAGGGAUGACGUUUACGGUGUCUACGACCAUUCUCAUUUCUCCAGUGCAGGCCCGAAUCAACACACACAAAGCCCGAUCGUCACCGGUACCUCAGUGAUAGCAGUGAAGUUUAAGGAUGGAGUGGUCAUUGCGGCAGAUAACCUAGCUUCAUAUGGCUCGCUUGCCCGAUUCACGGACGUAAAGCGUUUACGGAAGUUCAACGACCAAGUCGUCGUUGGCUUCGGCGGAGAUGUGUCAGACAUGCAGUACCUUGAUCGCCUCCUCAACUCACUCGACAUCCGUCAGAACUACUCCGGCGGCGACGCCGAGGACGCUUUGAAUGCAAAGAACCUACACACAUACCUCGCUAAAGUCAUGUAUAAACGCCGAUCCGACUUCAACCCUUUGUGGAAUCACCUCUUGAUCGCAGGUCUGGAUGGAGACUCAAAGCCAUUCCUCGCCAGUGCGGACCUUCUGGGCACUACUUUCUCGUCGCCGACCCUCGCUACUGGAUUCGGUGCCCAUUUGGCUCAGCCUAUCCUGAGGAGGACAAUACCCGAUGAGGCAUCAGUGGAGAAUGUGAGCCAAGAGGAGGCGGUGGAGUUGGUCAAGGAGAGCAUGAAGGUUCUCUUCUACAGGGACGCAAGGAGUAUGGACAAGUACUCUAUCGCUGUCAUCACCAAGGAUGGCGUGGAGUUGAAGGAGAGCGAGAAGCUGGAGAACCAGAGCUGGGCGUUUGCUGAGCGUAUCAGGGGCUACGGUACACAGGUGAACUAGAAACUUGAAGAUGUGAAACAUCACUUCAGGUAUGAUCCGGCAUCGACUCAUGCUGUCCAUGGCGUUU